UUCCUUUCAUUUCGUAUUAUAAACCCCCACUCCUUCCAUGACUUUCCUUCCUUCCCUUUGUCUAUUUAUCGUCGGACUUCGGGAUUGGUCGCAGCUCCUGCUUAUCACUAUCUAUUGUAAUAUCAUGCAAUGUGUUUCUCCUCAGUGUUGCGCACGACGUUGACGAUAACCAGACUCAACAUAUGUGACGAUAUCUCCCGGGUACCGGCUCGUGGCGCUGCUUUAUCGGACCAGGCGCGACUUAUAAGGGGUUUCAGACAUCGAGGAUGCCGCACCUCUGUUCUAUCUCUUCUUGCCUCCUGUUCGCCGUGCAUUCAGUGCGUGGUAUAAGUACUCAAUCGUAUCGAUAGCUUUCGACCAACUACCACCAUGUCUGCAGUAUCAGAUGCGGUGCUCACCCAGAUCCUGAAUCAGCUUCAGGCUCUUCAGAUUUCGCAGCAGACUUUGCAGGCUAAGUUGGAUUCAUUGACACUCGCUAAUGGAGGUGUAGCAGCGGCAAGCCCUCCGCAAUCCCCACAUAGACAUGUAGUACCCAUUCCCAGUCGACCUCAAUCGGAGACUCCAACGGGGACAUCUACCCCUACUUCAUCCUUCACCACUGCUUCAGCGUUAUCUGCAUUGUCAGUGCCUACACAGGACGCAGAUAAGGCCGCUAUUGACAAAGAGAGGGAGAAGUUGCUUUACCCGGGACGAGUGUUAUUGACCACGUACCCUGACCAGCAUGGGAUCAAGCCAUUUCCUCUCGUUUGGGGUGCAUCGGAUCCAGCUGUCCGUGGUCCAGUUAUUCCAUCUCGUCUACCAUCGUCAAUCAAGCAACGUAAUGCUCUUGGAGCGCACUCUGGCUCGUACUCUAUCUAUCGUGCCCUCUCCAUUGCCAUGGGGGCGCUUUCGCCGACGCACAAGCCUGACUAUUCGAAGACGGAGCCAGCUGUAGACAUUCCGCCUCAACCCGCUUGGUCAGACCCUACCAAGAUCGUAUCUUUUGAUCCUUGGGGACAUCUUGUGCCUCAGGUCUUCAAGAAGGAAAUAGAGGAACUUGGGCUGGACGUUAGACCUAGUAUUGCUGUUACUCGUGCGCACAUGAAGAUGAGUGAGAUUGACGAGGCUGCACGAAAGGGUGAUUUGAAGGUCGAUGGCAAGAUUCUCAUUAAGAGUCAGCCUAUGCAUAAUGCAGAUGGUUCACUAAGUACGGCUGAUCCUGGUGUUGAGAUUGUCAUCAGUAAGGCUGCUGUCGAGCCUGUUUGGUACCUUCCUGGUGUCGCAGAACGUUUCGGAAUUUCCGAAAACUUGCUUCGACGUGCUCUUUUCGAAGACACCGGAGGAAUGUACCCUGAGCUAAUCACUCGUCCCGACAUCAAAGUACUACUGCCACCUAUCGGUAACUUGACAGUAUAUAUUUUCGGUAACCCGGCUUACCUGUCGGAUGAGUCGAAGGAACUUACUCUUCGGGUACACGAUGAAUGCAACGGUUCCGAUGUCUUUGGUUCAGACAUCUGUACCUGCAAACCAUACCUGACAUAUGCCAUCGAAGAGUGUGUCAAGGGUGCACAACGCGGUGGUGUCGGUCUUGUCGUCUAUUUCCGCAAAGAAGGCCGAGCUCUUGGAGAAGUCACUAAAUACCUCGUCUACAAUCUACGAAAGCGUGGUGGUGACUCUGCCGAUAAGUACUUCAAGUCGACAGAACUCAUCGCCGGAGUGAAGGAUAUGCGAUUUCAGGCGUUGAUGCCCGAUGUUCUCCACUGGCUAGGUAUCAAGAAGAUUGACAACAUGGUGUCCAUGUCUGAUAUGAAAUACAACGCCAUCGUACAAUCUGGUAUACCCAUCCUCAAGCGCUACGAUAUCCCGGACCACCUCUUGCCUCCAGACUCUCGUGUAGAAAUCGACGCUAAGAUUGCUGCUGGGUACUUCACUAGUGGGAAGCCAAUCACUGAGGCUGAUUUGGUUAAGACCGUUGGGAGAACUUGGGAAGAGACUGAGCAUUAAGAGAUAGAUUGCACAGAGAGUCGUCUGGAAUCCUGGAAUAUGCUUGUCGUAUAAUACGUGUAGAUAUUCACAAGUCGCUCUGUGUGCCUUGAAUUAAGUUUCCGUGGAGUUCAGCAUC